AUGCCUCGUGUAAAGUACGUCCUGCUCGACUGCGACAACACCCUCUGCCUGUCGGAGCAUUUGGCCUUCGAGGCCUGCACCGACUUGACCAACGAGGUCUUGGAGAAGUGGGGCAGACCGGAGCGCUACACCGUCGAGCAGCUGCUAGAGGACUUCGUUGGCCACAACUUUCGCGGCAUGCUCAAUGGCUUGCAGAAGAAGCACGGUUUUACCAUGUCCCCAGCAGAGGUAGAUGCUUAUGUCGACCGCGAGCUGGGUGCCGUGACUGCGAAGCUGAGCGAGAAAUGCCAGCCUUGCCCCGGUGUACCUGAGCAACUUGAGGCGCUUAAGCAAGCAGGGUACCCCAUGUCCGUUGUCAGCACCUCAGCCAAGCCCCGCGUCGUAGCCAGUUUGAAGAAGGUUGGGAUUGACCACUACUUUCCCAACGAGCACGUCUACAGCGCCGCUACGAGUCUGAACCCUCCUUCCAGCAAGCCUGACCCAGCCAUCUACAACUACGCCUGUCAACAGCUAGGUGUCAAGAAUGAAGACUGCGUCACCGUCGAGGAUAGCAAGAGUGGCGCCACCGCCGCCAUGCGCGCAGGUAUCCCUCUAAUUGGGUACGUCGGCGUCUACGGCAUCGAAGAUGGCAAGGAGAAGAUGGAGGAGAUGGCCAAGCUAUUGACCGAACAAUGCAACGCCAAGGUUAUUAUGUACGAUUGGAAGGAAUUCCCAGAGGCCUUGAAGAAGAUUGAGUCGCUGUGA